UUGUUUUUGUUUACAGCCGCCAAUUUUUUUUGGAUUCCCAAAGAAAUGAGCGAAAAAAUAAAGAAAGAAGCUUCUGAUUCUGCUGCCGAAAAUACCAUCGUAUACAUGACGGGAAGAAAAACUACUGCUUUUGCCAAAAACAUCCGAAAAACCUCGGAGACACAAAAAGACCUCAUGAUCGAAUAUUUCGAGACGCAUGACGGCGCAAUAGACGUCGUUUCUGCCAACAACACAGAUGCCGAGGUAAAACGUCGAAUUUGGACCGAAAUUGCCAACAUCCUGAACAAAGUGCCCGGAGGCACGAAAAAAAACGACCUGAAAUGGGCAAAAACCUGGGCUGACAUGAAACUUUACACGAAAAAUCGGGCACGCGCCGCGAAAGCAGGCACCGCAGCACCAAAUGCGAGAAAACCUUCGGAGCUUGAUAGAAGAGUUUUGCGUGUGACGGGUCAUGAAGAUCUUUUAAACGAUUGGGAAGCAUCACUGAACGACGGAACUGACAUCAACACAUCGACGACUUAUGAGAAAAUCACAGUGACAGAUUCCGCGACGACUCAAGAGCACGAAAUUGUCGUUCAAGACCCCACGGAUUACGAGUACAUCGAGGAAGAUGAUCUCACGGAAAAUGCAAGUCAGGAAAUUCAGUCGUUUUACGAAACGCACGACUACGAAUUCACGGUUCAGCAACCCGAGCAAGAUUUCCCGAAAAAACGAAAACGAACGGAAGGCGAAGAAGUGCAAAAACGCGUCAAAGCCGGAAAAGCGACAAUUGUCGAGGUCGUUAGCGAAGAACAGGCACAAGAAGAAACCCAAGGAGAUCCCAUGGUUGGCGCGAUAAAUAAUUUGGCGAAUGCGUUACAAAAUGUCGCUGCUGCUCUUUCAUCCAUCGCUGACGUUGCCAAAAAUCUCAAUAGAAGAUAACAACUUUUUUUAUUAUUUUUAAAAAAAAUUAUUUAAUUUGUCUAAUUUUUUUGUAGCUUUUAAUUACAAACAAAAAUAAAUCUUAAAUCUAAUUAAUCUCUAAAGAAAUACCGUCUUACGCACUAAAGUCGA